UUUCGUGUCACGCUAUAAAAGCCACACCUUGAUUGUGCAGUUAGAAUCGAAAAUUCAGGCGAAUUACCUUUUUUUUGUUAUUGACUAAGGUUUUCUCUUUUUGCUCCCCUUUUUUCAGUUUUAUAAACAUUUUGAAUACAACACCACUAUGGGUUACAAUGAAAAAGUGUGCUGCUGUUUACCUGUGCGCAUUGGUGUGCUCAUCAUGUCAUUUUUAAUAUUCUGUAUAUAUUUUGUAGCAACGUUUUUGAUGUUUUAUUACAGAAAUGACUUGACACAGUGGUCUAUACUUCAACAAAAUGUGGACACACCUUUAACAUUAGAUGCUUUUAACGGUGUGUUCUAUGCAUUUGUAACAGCAUUUAUCACUUAUGCUGUCGUAUCUAUCGUCGGUAUGGUUGCUAUAGUUUUGCAACACCGAAGACUCGUUCGUAUUUAUCACGUAGCAAAUUGGUUCUUUGUUUUGCUACUGUUUACAACGACUUUGGCUUUCUGGACAUAUCUGAAAGUGAAACAGGAUGUGUAUGUGAACGAUUGCCAAGAGCUCUUUAAUGUGUACAACAAUGCCACUAUAAACUCCGUUUACACACCAAUACAAAUACCGGGGAAACAAAUCGUGGCUGGUGGAUCUGACAAGUCAGAAUGUAUAAACUUCAUAAAAAAAUUGGUUAUAGGUUCAGGUGUCUGUGUUUUUAUCUGUAAUAUCUUACAGCUGUAUUGGGCUCGUUCAAUAGGAAAAUAUGCGACUUCGUUAAAGAGACAUUAUCAACAUCAAAGAUUGGAAGUUAGAGAUGAUGAUAUGCUUUCUAUAAGAAGUGAUUGAUUAUACCAAGAGAAAUACUUGGCAUAAAACUAUUUGUAUAUUAUCAUAAUUGCUAUUUAUAUAUACUCCUUUCGCAGAUGUAUUUUUUCAGACAAAUAAAUAUAUCACGUACAUACUUCAA